CAGAAACACCCACGGUGCUUUGCGUAAGCAUGAAGCCCAGCCUCAUUCACGUUUAACGCUCAUCCCUGGUCAGGAUCUCCUUGUGAAUUUUCACACAGACUGUAUCCAACCUGCGUUUUCACAGGUAAGCUAACAGCUCCUCCAGUUAGCAACAUUUCCUGAUCGUUAGUUGUUGACAGAGAUUGUGGAAUGCUGCUGGACGAGUCUCCACUUUUUGAUCCCUCUUUGCUUCAGGAGUUGGACUGGAACAGCAACACUGUGUCCUUCUCUCCCCCAAUCUCACCAUCCAGUCCAGGAGAUGACCUGCUGCUCAGGCCUCUGUGUACGGCGGAUUUUAAUAAAGGGUUCUUUGAAGUUCUAUCUCAGCUUACCAAGACAGGUGAUGUCACACCGGAGCAGUUUGUCAGUAAGUUCAAGCAUAUGAAGACUACGGGAGACUACUAUGUUGUCGUUGUGGAAGACACAAACCUGGGGCAAAUUAUUGCCACUGCCACGCUGAUCAUUGAACACAAAUUUAUUCACUCCUGUGCCAAGAGGGGCCGAAUAGAAGAGGUGGUUGUCAGUGAUGUGUGCAGAGGGAAGCAGCUCGGGAAACUGUUAGUGUCGACGCUUACACUUCUCAGCAAAAAACUGAACUGCUAUAAAAUCACUCUGGAGUGUUCUCCCAAAAACAAACCUUUUUACCAAAAAUUUGGCUACAGCGCUUCAGACGAGACUUACAUGCAGUGCAGAUUCUUCGACUGAGAGAUGAAGCUUAAACGCCCCGCCCCCACCAGUUAUUGGCUCAUGGACCAUUCGUCAUGACAUCAGAAGUUGGAUCCGGGUCUGGUUGGCCCUGUUGGUGGGGGGGAGGUGGUACUGGGACUGGGUUUGAUUUUUAAUCUCACCUGACAACAAAUCUGAAUUGUGAACAGGAUUAAACAAGUCGGUUCGUGGAAGCCCAGUUUGACAUCAUAAUCCCACCUUUGGUAACCCCUGCUACCUCACCAGGGUGGGUAUUUGAUGGUAUUGUUCCCUUUGUCUUAAGAAAAAUGCAAAUGUAUUGUCUUAUUUUCAUAUAAAAAAGGACUACGGUUUGAAUACAAAAGGACUACAAACAUAAUUUGACUGCUAUUCUGUAAGUAUGAAAAAACAAUCCUGUAAAAGCAUUGAAUUUUGAAAAAAUUAUUAUUUAAAGUCACCAUCAAUAAUAUAACGCUUUUAUCUGAUGUUCACGAGGAACUACCAUGAUAUCCGGGUUUUAUUUGGGUUUCACUUUUCUAGUCUGUCUGCUCGGUACAAAGUGCUCUUUCUCUCAGCUGUUUUUUGUCGGAUUCCGGGAAUGAAGUUUUAGGGUGUAGGAAGACUGUUAGACCAUUUCCAGCAGGUAAAUGUUUUAAAAAGCAUUAUGUAAAAUUUCUUUUUUUUUUUCUUUUUUAGGUAACUGGAUUUAGCACUAAGCAUUUUGUAACUGAAACAAAUACAAGUGAUUUUUGAAAGUUCACUUUAAUUUAAGAUUUUGUAGUUCAGUUUUAUAAUUAUGCUUUUAUUCUGGGGAACAUAUUUAAAAUAACUUAUUUCCAGAUGUUAAUCCAAUAAAAUAUUCUAUGAUCUACAGCACUUCUCUCACUUUUCUGUGAAAUUACCCAACAGAUCAGCUUUAUAGAUAAGUGUCAGGAAGCUGCACCAUAAAUUCACAGGAUGCGCUUAUUUAUUAAAUGCAAUGAAUGAUCUUGACAAGGGGGAAAUAAACCAUUUUUCACA